AUGAAGACUGUGGAGCCCAUUUCAGUCGUACAGAUCCUUUUUCUGCUGGUUCUGGUCACCUCAAGCUACAGCAUACAGAGAGCACCUCGCAUCAUCACCUUACUGGAGACAGUGGAUGUACUACUGGAUCACAAUGCAACCUUCAUUUGUGAAGUGGAGUCACGUCCCCCUGCUGACAUCACCUGGACCAAGAAUAACCACCCAAUUAUGUACUAUGACCCCCGGUACAUUACCAGGGAGCAGGGACAGAUGCUAAUCAUCCCUCAUGUAAGAGAGUCAGACAAUGGAGAGUACUGCUGCCUCGCCAGUAACGGCAUCGGAGAGCCGGCCAAGAGCUGUGGAGCGCUGCAGCUAAAGAUGAAACCGCAGAUCAAACGCCACCCUACCAAUUUAACCCUUCUGGUAGAAUCCAAAGCAGUGUUACCCUGUGUGACACUCGGCAAUCCCAAACCAGAUGUGACCUGGCUCAAAGAUGAUGAGCUUAUCAAGAUCAGUGACCGUGUCACCAUUCUCGACUACGGUGCAUUGAAGAUUCAUAACAUACAGAAGGAGGAUGCGGGACAGUAUCGCUGUGUGGCCAGGAAUAGCUUUGGUUUGGCCUUUUCAAAGCCUGUCACCAUAGAGGUACAGGCUCCAGCCCGAAUCCUGCGGGUUCCAAAAGAGAAGAGAGUAGCGUAUGGCAGCCAGAUUACACUUGACUGUAACGCCACAGGAAAUCCGAUCCCCACCAUCACCUGGCUGGAAAAUGGGAAUACUAUCUCAGGCGCAUCGGUUGAGGAGACCUUGGUGGGAGAGGUGAUCCUGUCUGUUCUUAAAGUGACAGUGAACAAGCCCGCUCUGUAUACCUGUCUGGCCUCAAACAGACACAGUGCUGGAGCCAACACCGUCAAAGCAACUGCAAGAGUCACCGUCGCAGAGUGGAGACUCUACAAGGGUGUUGCAGGCUACUGCAGUGCCUACCGAGGCGAUGUUUGCCGCACCGUCCUGCGAGAUGAUUCGCUGGUUUUCUUCAACUCCUCCCUCUCGGACCCCGAGGACAUGCAGGAGUACCUGGUUCAGAGCUGGUGGUCGGAGCUGGAAGGACUCAGUAUGCUGUGUAGCCCAGCAAUACGCUCACUGCUCUGCCACUCCUCCUUCCCUGACUGCAACCCAUCAGGGUUAGGACCUGCACCUAAACCUGUCUGCAGAGAACACUGCCUGGCAGUGAGGGAGCUGUACUGCCAUAAAGAGUGGCUGGUACUAGAGAGCACCAGUUCAGUCCAGCCUGGGCUGUUCAGCUCUUUCACUGGGUCCCACACUUCCAGUUCACUGCUGCCCAACUGUCAGGCUUUACCAAGUCUUCGCACAGACCCUGAUGCUUGUACACAUGUCCCUUUUGUAGACAUCAAGAAAGACCAAAUUACAACGACGUGUUACAAUGAGAGAGGCCGUUUCUACCAAGGCAGUGUGAAUGUGACGAGGUCUGGGAUACCGUGUCAGCCAUGGAGCCAACAGGUUCCCCACCAGCACCGCCUGUCUGUGGAUGUCAUUCCAGAGUUGAGGAACUCAGACAACCACUGUAGGAACCCAGGAGGAAUCAGCGACAAGCCCUGGUGUUACACCUCAAAUCCCAACAUUCGUUGGGAGUACUGCACCGUGCUGCAAUGUGGGGAGGCGAAUACAGCAUCAGUGAUGAAGCCAGAGUCUGCGGGCCCCCAUCAGACACCCCGUCUUCCUCCCACAACCACUAUAUCAUCACCAGCUUACUCCAUGUCUGUCAUUGUUAUCAUACUGACUGCGAUUGCAGCUGCAGUCUUCCUCACCAUCAUCAUCCUUGCCUGCUGCAGACGGAGGAAGCAGUGGAGAAACCGAAAAAGAGUGAUGGAGACCCCGACGCUUAGUGCUCUUCCGUCAGAGCUCCUGCUGGACCGACUCCACCCCAACCCCAUGUACCAGAGGGUUCCUUUGUUGCUGAACUCAAAGCUACUGGCCCUCGAGUACCCACGAAAUAAUAUUCAAUAUGUUAGAGAUAUUGGAGAGGGAGCCUUCGGACGUGUUUUCCAAGCCAGAGCGCCAAGUCUGCUGCCCCUGGAGCCUUUCACGAUGGUGGCUGUGAAGAUGCUGAAGGAGGAGGCCUCAGCUGACAUGCAGAAUGACUUCCAAAGAGAGGCAGCGCUCAUGGCCGAAUUUGACCAUCCGAACAUCGUGCGACUCUUAGGUGUGUGUGCGGUGGGUAAACCCAUGUGUCUGAUGUUCGAGUACAUGGCCAACGGUGAUCUCAAUGAGUUCCUGCGUCGUCGAUCUCCAACCCAGUCAGUGCACACCCUGAGCCGCGCCAGCCUAUCAGGUCGCAGCUUCUCCUCUGAGGUGGAGGCAGGACUUCUCUCCUGUACUGAGCAGUUGUCAAUUUCCAAGCAAAUUGCCGGAGGAAUGGCCUACCUAUCAGAGCGCAAGUUCGUCCAUCGUGACCUCGCGACCCGGAACUGUUUGGUAGGGGAGGAGAUGGUGGUGAAGAUCGCGGACUUCGGCCUCUCCAGAAACAUCUACUCGGCUGACUACUACAAAGCCAAUGAGAAUGAUGCCAUCCCCAUUCGCUGGAUGCCCCCAGAGUCUAUUUUCUACAACCGCUACACUACUGAAUCGGACGUGUGGGCUUAUGGUGUGGUGUUAUGGGAGAUUUUCUCCCAUGGGAUGCAACCGUACUACGGUAUGGGUCAUGAAGAGGUUAUUUACUAUGUGAGGGAUGGUCACAUCCUCUCCUGCCCUGAGAACUGUCCCCUGGAGCUGUACAAUCUGAUGAGGCUUUGUUGGAGCACACACCCAUCAGAUAGGCCCAGCUUCAGUAGUAUACAUCGGAUACUGGAGCGUAUGCAUCUGAACACACUAAGCAUUAAUGAAGCUGACCCUGAGCCUGACUGCUAACCUGGGACAUUUUCACAAAAAUACAUCUGUCUCUGUGCAAGAAA